CAAUAUGACAUCCCUUCAAGUAUUGAAACAGGGCUAUCAUAUCCCCUCUGAACCAUCUCUUUUGCCAUCUGUCUCCAUUCCUGUGGAGUCCAGAGCCCUCUUUGUAGCCAGAGGAGAAUGGGUUCCUGAAGAAGUCUGUCUCCCUUUGGAGCUUGGCUCUCUCUCCCUGCUGUUGCGGGGGGUCUGUGGCUAUUUUGCGGAGGGAAGGUGCCCCCUCCCUCCCUCCUUCCCGGGUGGCGGCAGAGGGAAACUACAACCCCCGAGAUGCUCUGCGCGAGAGGGACGCCCCCUCCUCCUCCUCCUCCCCCCGGGUCCACCAUUUUGAAACCUGAGCCACAAUCGCGGGCGGCUCCGUCGAGGCAGCAUCCCUUUGGGGACCGGCGGCGUCGCAGGAUGGAGCGGGAUCGCUGCCGGGUGUGCGGUCGGGGCUUGCUGGGGGCGCACCGGCGAUGGCUCUUCCACAGUCGCCGGGGCUCGGGGCUGAGCCUGGGGGCGCUGCUGUCUCACGCGGUGGGGCGGGCGGUGGUCCGGGGCUCGUCGGGGGGGGGGGGGGGGGAGUUCGCCUGCGGGAAGUGCGCCUUCAUGCUGGAGCGUCUGCUCCGCUUCGACGCCGUGGCCGCCCGCAUCGAGGCCCUCUCCCUGGAGCGUCUGCAGAGGCUGCUCCUGCAGAAGGAGCGCCUCAAGCUCUGCAUCGCAGCCAUGUACCGCAGGAACAACAAGGAGCCCGCCCCCCAGGAAGGCCAGGGCCAGGGCGAGGAGAAGGACGGCUACGCGGCUCUGCUCCGCCAGGACUUCGCCUACUCGGGCUUCGAGUGCUGGGCCACCGAGGCCCCCGAAGCCAGCGGCCCCGAGGCCUCCUGCUCCCCCGGAAGGGACUGCCCCUCCGCCGGGGGCCGCCCCAGGCGCUGCAGGGGCUGCGCGGUGCUCCGGGUGGCCGACGCCGACUACGAGGCGGUCUGCAGGAUCCCCCGCAAAGUGGCCCGGAGCCUCUCCUCCGCGGGAAGGGCGCCCCUGGAGCAGGAAGAGGAGGAGGAGGAAGAAGAAGAAGGGGAGGCCUCCCUGGAGGAGGCCCUGCCAGGCCCCAGCCCUCCCCGGACCAAGGGGGGCUGCUGCUGCUGCUGUUUGGAGGAGGAGGAGGAAGAGGGGGAGGAGGAGGAGGAAGGGGGCGCCGGGUCCUCCCUGGAGAUGGCCCUCAGCCUGGUCCGGACCCUGGGCUGCAAGCCCGUCCAGAGCCCCCCCGGGAGCAGGCUGCCUGUCCCCGUCAAGGCAGGGCUCCUCCUGGGCCCAAGGAACAGCAGCCCCCGGAACCCCGACCAGGCGCCGGGCCUCUGGGAACUCGGCGAAGAGCUCUGCGGGACUUACCUGCCCCUCCGAGUCCAGAAUUUGUGUAAUGAUCAACAGAAAUUGACUCGGUCUGACUUGCCACUGGACAAGCAAGUAUCUGAAUUAAAUAACUCAGAAGUACUGGAAAUCAGCUGCUCAAGUGCUACCAACAAGCAGCUGCAGGAAAAGUUGGAUGAGAUGACUUUUAAAUUGAGGUCUGUUCAGCAUGCAUCCCAGAGACAGGAUCACAGAAUCCAGAACUUGAAUGAGAUCUUGAAGAUCAAAGAAAACAAGUGUGAAGAGCUGAACCGCAUAAUUGAGGAGCAGAGUGAGACAAUAAUUAAGCUGCAGGACAUGCUACAUAGAAGCCAGCUUGGACAAUUGCAGAUCUCUGAGGAUUCUCCCACAUUCCAGCAACAGCAAACAGGACUUCUUAAUGUGCAGAACACACUUUUUUUCACUCAAUUGGAAGUACAGCGACUGAAGAGGUCUCAGCAGCAAAAAGAUUGCCACUUGACUGAGGCAAAAAAGACUACCCAGUUGCUAGAGACAAUGUUGCAAGAGGAGCAGCAACAGAAAGAGGCAGCAUGGGAACACAAUAAGGAGUUGCGUGCUACUCUCCAGCAGUUAAAAACAGAGCUACAGGACAAGAACUGGCAACAUUGUACUUGGAAGAGAGAAACAUUGUUGGAGAUGGAGAGACAAGAGCAGAAAAUUAAGCAUUUGAAUGACAACCUGGCUUUCAAAGAACAGCUUCUGCAGGAAUCGAAAGAACUCCUGCUGCAUCUCCAGAAACAGGACAAGAACCCUACAUCUGCUGAUAAAAUGGUGCAGAGAUUACAACAGCGAAUUAAAGACAGAGAUGCUGCCUUGGAGCGAGCAGUAGAUGAAAAGUUCAGUGUCCUUGAAGACAGAGAACGAGAACUGCAGCAACUUCGCUUGUCUGUGAAAGAGCGAGAACAUGAUCUGGAAGGUCUGCACCAAGUCCUUUCCAGUAACCAGGCUACCAUUCAGGAUCUGGAGAGCUUGCUGAAAAGUAAGGACCUGGAACUUGAGCACCUGUUGGCAACCUACCAGAAUUUGCAAUGGCUGAAAGAAGAAAUGGAAGUAAAAUUGUGCAGAUGGCAGGCAGAGCAAGAGGGAGUUAUCCAACAGCUGCGGACAAUUCUGCAUGACAGGAACAAGGAAGUGGAAGAGCUCUCAACAACAUUGCUUUACAAGCUUGUGCCUGGGCAGAGGGACACCGUGGAAGAGCUGUACCUUCGCCUUCACAAGAAAGAGAAGAUCAUUGAGGAACUCCUCUGUGACAAGAGUCUGCAGACUGUAGAACAAGUAACUGAGCUUCAGGAGUUGCUUCAGGCAGUGAGCAUCAGAGAACAGCAGAGUCAUAUAUCUUCUAAGAAGAUGACACAAGCUCUAACAGAAAGAAGGUAUGAGCUACAGACACUUCGCCAGCAGCUGAAAAGCCAAAUAUGUCCACCGAAAACUGAUGUUUCCAUUGACCAGCACAUACAAAAGGAUGUGCCUGAUGAAGCACUGAAGCAAGAAGAUUCUGGCACCAAUACCACAAUCUGUGAUAGAGAAAAUGGUGGAUCCAAGAUGAAAAAAGGUGUCCAGGAGACAACUGCUGGACUUGAAGAACUCAUCAGUGCCAAAGAGGAGCUUGAGCUGUUGACACGAAAAGAGAGGGAAAGCAGAUUGGAACUCUCUGCUCUUCAGUCUGUGAUAGCCUCCCAGGAGGAAGAACUGCAAGUUCAGGCUUCUGAUGUUGAAUCACUAACUAGAAGCAUCAAGAUAAAAGAAGAAUUCAUAAAGGACUUGCAAAUGCAGCUGGUUGACCCUGAAGAAAUGCCAGCAAUUGAGCGACUUACCCAGGAAGUUUUAAUGCUUCAGGAAAAGGUAGCCAGUGUGGAACUGCAAGGACAGGAAGACCCAGGAAGCAAGAGGCUGCAGCUGUUAAUGGCAUUGGAGGGCCUGGCGGCAGAGAGGAAUCAGCUGAAUGAAACCCUGAAAGCAGAAAAGCAACUCUACAGUAGUUUGGUGAAGUUUCGUGCUCAUCCUGCCAGCUCUGGACCAGAACAGACUCUGCAAGGGGAGCUAGAGGAGGUCCAGGCACUCCGCAGACAAUUGGAAGAGGCCCUUGGUAGAAGCCUGGAGCGCCUGAGCAGGCUGGAAUCACUGCAUGACAUUGGAGAUCUAACUGUGUCUGAGGAUGCUGAGGAUGCCGGCACUGAGUUCACAGACAGUAUUGAAGAGGAGGCAGCACAGAGAAUCACCCAGCACCAGAGCAUUAAGGGAGAUGAUGAUGACAACCUAGUUGGCUAUUCCACUUGCCCUUCUCCACCUUCCCUAGUGAACGAAAAGGGCCUACAAGAGGAGCUACUUUUAGCAAAAUCUGAAAUUCAACACAUUUUAGAACAGAAAAAGAAGCUGGAAGGGGAGCUACAGGAUCUCAAAGGGCAGAUCGAGGAAGCUGGGUUCUCCUCUGUGUCUCAACUCAGGAAGGCCCUGUUGAGCCUAUGCCUGGAGAAUGCAGAACUCAAAGAACAAGUUGGAGAAGCAAUGUUGUCAGAGGGUUGGGAGAAUGAAGAUUCAAAGGAAGAUGAAGAAAACUUGAGGUUGGAAGUCAGAAAGCUGCAAGAGAAGUUACACACAUCAGAGAUUGUGAUUGGACUCCUCAAAGAACAACUGACUCUGAACAGCCAAGGAAGUUCUACCAGCACUUCUUUCAACCACCAAUUCACAUGCAGUGUGGCUCAGGACAUUGUGCAGCUGCAAAUGGCCAAGCAGUGCAACUGCCUAGGGCUUCUCAACAGCAAUGUCCCACAGUUGCACUGCCCACCAUCCAAGGUUGUGGACUCCAGCCCAUCCUCCAGCCUUAAAGGGGCCCAGGUGGAAGGAGACAGACUCACAGGUAGUUUGGGGAAACAAUUCAUGGAGCCACUUCAGCACCAUCAUUCAGAGUUGCCUCAGUGCAGGCAACAGUGUCAUAAGCUACAAGACAAACUGUUGGUUUCAGAGGCCACCAUCCAGGCUCAGAUGGCUCAGCUGAAAGAAUACCAGGCUCAGCUCAGUGAACCAGUGGUACAGCAGUACAGCAAACAGGUACAAGUGGAUCUCCAAGACUUGGGCUAUGAGACCUGUGGGCGAAGUGAAAAUGAAGCUGACAGGGAAGAGACCACCAGUCCUGAAUGCGAAGAUCAUGUUGAGGAGUUUAAGACUUGGAAGAAGCUGCUGGGCUCUCCUACAAGUAGUAAGCUGGAAAAGCAUGACUUGAGCCAGUGUGAGGAUGUAGCCAUUCUCCACCAACACAUCCAGGCCCUGCAAGUGCAGCUGCAGAGUUCCCAUAGAAUCAUCCGGAACCUACAGAGCCGUAUGCACUCCAUAUCCACGACCAGUGACUAUGCAUCUGGGGGCGAGCAUCCAUUGAAAAUGAAGCAGGGCUACACUCUGGGCAGCUCUUCCUCCCACAGCAUAACAGAUGAAGACGAAGGCUGGCAGUCAGACAGCUUUGGGUCAUUCUGCCCUCCAGGUCUCCAGGUCAACAAAGAUCUGGCCAGGCUCAUCCAGAGAGUAUCCCAUCUUGAGUCUCUUCUGGGUGACAGUAAGCCAAAAUUGCACUUGCCAGAAGAACUGAAACCAUCAGCAUCCCUGGGGAAAUACGAUUCACUGGUCCAAGCUCAGGCCCGGGAACUCUCCCAUCUGCGUCAGAUGAUGCGGGAGGGACAAGGGUUGUGUCGCUUGUUGAGCCAACACUUCAGGAAUAUCAUCAAGUCCUUUGAGGAACUCCUGCAAGGCACUGACAUCGAUUACUUCUUGGGGCAGAGCUUCCAUGAACAACUGACACAAGGGAAUCAGCUGGCAGGACGGCUAGCCAGGAAACUGAGCAGCAGGAAUGAUUUAAACACAGAGGACAAAUCAAGCCAUGAAUUGCUUGCUUUACGGUUGAGCAAGGAGCUUGAAGAGAAGGAACAAGUCAUCAAGACUCUCCAGGCUAAGCUUCAAGUGCACUCAGUGACCCCUUCCAGUAACCACACCAUGUCUGAGUCAUUCCGUUCUGGCAGUAGCACUUCUUUUCUCUCGGAUGGUCUGGAGGGCUGCUCUGACAUGGAUGAUGCCACUGAAUACAGCUCCUAUCAGGAAGAUACUAGUGGAGACCAAUUCCACAGCCUUUCAUCUGACAAAGGUCUUGGCAAAACCUCGGCCCAACCAUCUCACCCAGCCUUGGGUUGCACAUCCCCUGCUGCUCCACCAGAAUCCCUCCAGAGGAACUUUGCACUGCCACCUUCCCAGGAUGCCUUGAUGACAGUCAACCAGGCUUCCAGAGGAUUCCAUCCUGAUUCCUUGUGUAAGCCAACUAGUUUCCCUUGGUUUCCACUUGACUCAGAGGCCUGCUGCUCCUUCAUGCCCCUGGGGCUUCCUCCUCCUCCUGCUCCACUCCUUGGCUGCUGCAGAACACCGGUCUUCUCUUUGGCCGAGGCACAGCAGGAGUUGCAGAUGCUGCAGAAGCAGCUGGGAGAAAGUGUAAAGGUUCCUGCACCAUCACCAGUAAAGCCAGGGGCACUGGCUGGCCUUUUUUCUACAAGCAGCUCUGCUGUCCACUCCAAAGACUGCCUCCAACCCUGCUAUCCUGUUCCCAUUCAAAACUCUCCUGAGUGGAACAAGAUAUCUGGAGGGCACAUUGGGGAGAACAACCCUCCUUGGUAUAUACCUCCCUUCAGACAGACACAGGGGAGACCUGUCUCUGGACCCGUACCAUCAUGUCCGCCAGCCUUUUUUAGCCAGAAGCUCUCAGGUGCUGAUUUGCUAGAGGAACAUCUUUCUGAGAUCCGAAUGCUCCGCCAGCGCCUAGAGGAGUCCAUUUGCACCAAUGACCACCUGCGAGAACAACUGGAGGCACGCCUAGCCUCAGUGGUAAAAACUAAUGAACUGCAGGCUGCUCUGCUGGCAUCACAUUCAAAAGUGCAUGAUGGCAAAACUGCAUUGGAACAGCAGAGAAUUGACCAGCAGAGGUUGCAGGAAGAGAUCCGAGGCAAACAGCAAGACUUCAUGCAACUCCAGAAGGAGUUCCUGGCUUCACAGAUGAACAACUCCAGGCUUCAAGACAGAGUGGCAAUACUUCAACAGCAGUGUGAGGAAAAUCAGCUCUUCCUCCAAGCCCUACAGGCUGAAUUACGUGUAUAUGAGACAUUGUGCAGUGUGCCACAGCAGAAAGCAACCACAGAGUCACAUGGACAGGAAGACCUAGUACAGACAGAUGGUGUGAACAAACAGGGAAGCCAUGUCAUUGGUCACCUAAAGGACUACUGUACUCUUCAGAAACAGAUUCUGGAGGGCAAGAAUCUGAUACACAGGAUGGCAUCACUCCUGCAGCCUGCACUGGAACCACGGAACAGCAAGGUCUUCUAUAUGGAAGUCAUCAAGCAACUGCUAACUAAUGCUAGCUGUUUGCACCAGAUCCUGGAGAAGUCAACUACCAUCCUUUCAAUGUUCUGGAGAGGACCACUCCACAUGCCUCAGAUCUCUUCUCAAGUAUGGCAAGCAGAUCAGUCAAUGAAGAAUGAGAUCCAGCUUCUCAGAACCAAACUGGCUGAGCAAGAAAGUCACCUGCAAAGUAAUAGGGAUGUCAAGGAGAGCAUGGAGCAUUUCCUUCUCACUCACUUGACAAGAACAUAUGAUGUGCUGAGGAAAGCAAAAAAUAACCUGGAGGUACAUUCAACUGCACGUGGCCCUCUGAUGAUGCAGGUGACCCAGGGAAUUGGCCAACAACCUACACCAAUUUCUGCCAUCAUGUGACCACAUCCUACCAUGAGGCAUGAAGGCAAUGGAGCCAGGUCCAGAAAAAGAGGAAGAAAAGCUCCACCUAGUUCUUAACUGCUAUCAAAGGGAAGCAUCAGAAACAGCAUAGCAAGUAUUAGUUUUCAGAAUUUACCCUGGAAGCUACCAAUUCCUGCUGCUUUAAGGAGAAAGCUCUACAGUAUCGGGGGUAUGGCACAAAACCGCUUUCUGAGUGACCUCCCAAUGUGCUCUGGAACAACUCUGCUGCAAGAUACUGACCUGGAACUUAUUUGGAAAUGCUCCAGCCACCAGUGCAAUAUUAGAAAGAGAUGGAGUACUGCUUCCAUACUACUAUCAAAAAGAGUGUUCUAAAAAUCCUGAGCUUGGACUCCAAAGCUGCUCUAGUAUGACUUGUUGAGACUGCCAAUUUGGGUGCAGCUUAGACAGUUCUAGCAUUUUCCUGCACAAAUUUAUUUAUGCUGAUCCAAUUAUAAAUCAGGGUGUGUCAUAUACUAUUAAGACUAUAUUUACUUUACCCCACAGAUGUGUGGCCUUGACAUAUAUGUGUGAGCACUGGAUUACUGAAGAAGGGAAGAUGAGAUGGUUCUCUUAGCCAGCUUCAACACCCUUCAGCUAUUUAUUUUCAUUUUCUCAAGUUCCCUCUGCCACCCCCACUUUUCAGCAGAUAUUGUCAGAUUCCCUUGCCUACGUCAGGAUGUCAUAUGAUGCCUUUGGUUUAGGGUGAACAUCAAAACAAUAACACCAGUUAAUAUAUAAUGUAAACACAAUUUUUGAAGGGGUCAGGAAGAUCUUCCUUAUAGCCUUUUAUAGUCCUGUAUGCUAUAAACAUGACCUGAGAGGCUGAAAAGGGGGUGCAAGGAAGAGGUUCUGCUUAAUUUUGUGGAAAUAAAUCUAAUCUUUCCAUUUUAUGAUCUGAAUUCCCAAUAAAAUGUUUUUUUUAAAAAAAA